CUUUGUAUUGCAAAUAUACAUGAUACAAUUAUCCUCUUUUUUCACAAACAAAUACCUUUCCAUCAUCUCCGAUGGAGCCAAAUUUUUACCAUUUUUUUGGCUUUGGGGUGUGAUGGAAUAAAUCAAAAUGGAUCUUUAAAUUGUCUGCGCUUUUUUAAUUAAUGAAGUAGCAGUUAGUCAAGCAAUGCAACUUCGACGUUGAGCCGGGGGUCUCUUUGGAAACAGCAUCUCUACUUUCGAGUAGGGGUAAGGUCUGCGUACACACACCCUCCCCAGACCCUACUCUUGUGGGAUUUAACUGGGUUGUUGUUGUUGUUUCACAAACAAAUACAUCAAAAAGAAAGGACGUUGUACCAAAUACAUCACAUGCUCGUUUGAUGAAACAUAUAAACACAUUCUCACCUUCUACAUCAUUAGAAUAUAAGAAUAUGUUUGGUGCGUUUAAGACAUAUAAUAAGAUAUAGAUUUUGAAAUCUAAAAGAAAUAAAAUGAGAUCCAAAUUCAGGAAAAAGUGUUUCGAGAAACUUGAAAUCAAAUCAAAUCUCUCCCUAAACUGUUCGAGGAGUUUGGUUGAAGAUGGCAAACAUAUCAGAUCGGUUCAAAAUAGAUUACAUCCAUCUCAUCCAAUCCUAUCAAACCAAAUCUUCAAAAAAUCUGAGGCGAAUGAAAUGCAACCUAAUAUUUAACCUAUGGAGAAGUUGGGAUGAGUUUAUAAGUUUCAUGAAUCAUGUCCUCAAUACAUUUGGUACACCGUCUCCUCUUCAUAAGGUAUUUAUUGUUCGUGAAAAGAGAAAAACAAAAGUUGUAUCAUGUAUAAUUGCAAUAUAGAGAUUCACUACUUGAAGUAAUGCUAAGGGUGAAUGCUUUGUACCACAUUGAAUUUAGAUGUGAAAAGGGUUGACUUGAGUUAAAAGAGAAAAAUAAUACCCCGAUACAAAGAACUCAAUUAUAAAUGAUAAAUUUAUAAUUAUGUAUAUGGACUACUUAGAGUUGAAAGGUUUGUCUUUGAAAACUAUGUUUGGUGGUUUCAAAUACAUAGCCAAGUUUAAAAAGAAGUUGUAAGUGGUUGACACAGAUCAAAUAUACCUUCCGGAAAGAAAACAUUACAAGGCAACUGUUGACAAUAAUAACAAUAUUGCCAGAAAGCUUUUGAUUCAAUCUCAUUUUGGAAUAUGUAGCACAAUAUAGCAUUACAUACUACAAGCUUGAUUCUAGAAUUGAUUUUUGGUAUAGCUAAAAAUUGGGGGGAGAUUUCACGACUCGUGUUAAAAUACAAUAACUUUACUCAAGAAGAGUUAAAUACACACCAUGUUAUAUUGUAUGACGAUAGGAAAAAAGAAGAAUUAAGUUGAAAAAUACAAGCAAAAUUUAGUCUGCAUUUGGCAUUGUUGAAGUUACAAGUGAGAAAAAUCUCAUAAUAGUAGAAAAGAGAAAACGUUUGAGAACAAGAAAAACGUACAAAAGUACUCCCUCUGUCCUAAAACUUUAUUCCCACUUUCUUUUUUUAGUGUCAUAAAACUAACUUCUCACUUCUUCAAAAAGAGUGAAAUGACUAUUCUACUCCUUUAAUCUUUACUCCUUAGCACCCACAACAUUUACGUCUUUUCAUCUUCAUCUCUCUCCAUUGUUCUCUCCCCAUCGUCAUCUCUCUCUAUCCUCCAUUUCUCGAAAGAAUUUCAUCUUCUCUUUUGUUGGCCUCACAUGUUGAGGGGGCACAGAUCGGGCAAUUAUGAGGGCAAUAGUGGUUUGUGAGGGUAGAGACAAAUUUGAUAUGCGGUGAAGAUAAUGGGGACGGAUCAAACUAUUUCAAUGAUAAAAGACAUUUCCGAUAAUAUAGACAAAUCCGACAGAUUAUGUAAUCUAAUGGUAGAUCUAGAAAUUCCACUCCCCUUAAGCACAGCGAAGCCAAGCAACCAACUCUGGGAUCUUCUUCUCAUUCAAGCUCCCCAACAAAUACAUGGGGGACAACUUGCCGCUUGCCUCUUCCUACCACACUUGAUGUUAAAAUCCAUCACCAGUAACAUAUGUUGGGUGAUAAGGUUGGGAUUACUUUGGCGUCCUUAGACUCCUUAUAGAGCACUAGGUCACACUUGCGUAGAAGGAAGUAUUCGAUCUACGUCCUCCCAAUUCAGAUAACAAAAGUUACCAAGUGGUCCUCACACAUAGGGAAGGGAGAGUUAGUCAUCCUCAAUUCACUCGCUCUAGAAAAUUCCAAAAGAAAAGCCCCCUCAUGAUUUUUAUCCCCAAAACAAACUCUCCGUGUACCUUCCUCAAAACCCUCUGCCAAGUCGAAGACAUUAUGAGCCUUUUGAAUACUUUUUGCCACCCCAUCCAAACUCACCCAAAACUCUCUUAACUUCAUCCUCCAAGCCAGCUUGAGGAGCAUAAGCAUUCAUGACGUUAAUGACACAUCCACCCAACACUAACUUAAUCCUCCUCAUUUCCACCACAAGCUCCUGCAACUCUUAUGCCACCAAAAUAUCAACUCUUAUCCACAACUUGAACUCGUCCACAUCUCAUGCCUUAGUAACUACCCAUCUAGUCUCUUGCGCACACAAGCACACCACUUGAAUCCUCUUCUUCUUGGGAACCUGCACCAACUCAAUCAACUUACCAGUGAGAGUCUCUAUGUUUCACGAGCCAAAACACACACUAGACACUACACUACACUACUCCUCUACGCAACCCCCUCACCCACCCCAAGAAACAACCUUAAGUUCACAUAGCCAAACAAAGCCACCCUACCCAAACACCAAUGUACAGAAAGAACAAGUUAGCAAGCAAGCAACACAAUGAAAGUAGACUACCCUGACAAAUCAGCAGUUAGAACAACAACAACCACAAUAAGGAAAAGCACACAGAAGGCCAAGCCACACAAAUGGUGCACGCACGAGUUAAAACGCCAAGCCCACAGCUACGAGAGAACCGUCAAACACCACAUGGAUAAGAGGCAAACAAUUAUAAACAAGAGGCAAAUAAGAGACAAUUAUAACUAGGAAUCAAGUGGGAGGCAAAUAGACAAGAAACAAAAAAAAACAAUAAUAAAAGUAGAGCAUGGCAGCACUAGCUUGAAGUGGCACAACAAUCGAGGUCAAUAAUAGCAGAAAUUGCAAGAAAGAUGCACAACAGUAGCCAAAAAAAAGCAGUAGAAGAGAUAGAAAAGAGUAAAUAAUGAACAAGGAGACCGGCGACUAGGGCCGGCGGCUGAGACGGAUCUGGUUUAGGAAUGGGGGGGGAGUAGGCAACUAGGGUUGGAGGCCGGGUAAGAGGUUCCGGGUAGAUCUGGGGAUGGGGGCGAACUUACCUGGGCCCUUGUUGUUGUCCGCCAUUGCCCGCCGGGGACCUAAGCCCGCCACCAGAACCGAGGACGACGAAGGUCGCAGCGGUCCGAGAGAGACGUCGACAAGUGAGAUCCGCUAACAGCCUCAAGUUAUCAGAGUUGAAGAUCU